ACUCAACAUGUCUCCCAACAAACGGCCAGAGCAACCCCCUGUGGACGAUGAUGAGCCAGAUGACUGGGAUAAGCGCAUCUUCAGCACGGGCUGUGCUGCUGAGCAGGACCGCAUGAACGACUGUUACUAUGUUAAGAAGGACUGGCGGAGUUGCAAGAACGAGAUGGAGGCAUUCCGCCAGUGCUGGAAGCGCCAGGGCAAUGACAAACGGACAGACAUGAAGGACGCAUGAUGCUGUACACUACUGUACACUACUGUAUUUCUAGCUACACAAUAUAUCCAUCCACUCUUAGUUGAUAGUACUCUGGUUGGGAUAAUAAUCACGUGACACCAUCACGAACGUCAUCUCCGCGUCCUCAAACGGCGAAGGAUUCUCCAACACACGCGUCCACACACCAAC